AUGACUACUAUAAAACUCUCCGGAGUUACCAACAACCUUUUAUGGGCCCAAGCUGUGCAGGCCUACAUUCAUGCCAAAGGCAAAAUAAAAUAUAUUACGGAUGAUCCUCCUACUGUUGAUCCAAAGGAUCCUACCUCCAUCAUAGCUCAUGAUGAAUGGAUGCGUGAGAAUUCUAUUAUUAAAAUAUGGCUAUGGAAAAGUGUUGCACCUACUAUUGCAUCUAAUGUGAUGUUUCACACUCUUGCCAAGGAUGUGUGGAAUGAUUUGUGUGAAAGCUUCUCUCAAGAAAAAAACAUCUCUCCCAUGUAUGGUCUCUAUGAGAAGCUUUUCACUUUUCAACAGGGAGAUAAAUCUUUGAAUGAAUACUUUGCCACUUAUAAAGGCAUGGUUGAAGAACUUAAGCUACAUCAGCCACUUACUACUAAUUUGGAUCGGUUAAAACAACGGGCUGAAUUUCAUGUUGCAAAGUUUCUGGCUAGAUUACACCCAGAUUAUCAAUCUGUGAAAAGUCAAAUACUCACAGGCGAGAAAGUUCCUUCUCUUAAUGAAGUGUUCUUCUGUAUCAAUCGUCUAGCUAAUCCCUCCAAAUCUGAUUCUACUACUAAAGAUAGUUCUGCCUUUACUGUCAGUCGUGGUCAGGGACGUGGCCGUGACCAAUCUAAGGGCCGAGGCCGUGGCACUGGUGGAAGUGGUACUAGUUAUCAAUCCUUUGACAAAUCUACUCACCAAUGCUCUUACUGUGGGAAACAAAAUCAUACUGUAGGUACCUGCUGGGCUAAACAUGGCAAACCUGAAUGGGCAAAUGAAUUAGCAAAUACAGCCAUAACUGACAACUCUCCCACUGAGAAACCUACCAGUGAUACAAAUCAAAGUACUAUAUCAGAUACUUCAUCCAUUGUGUCCCGUGAUGAUUACAAUCAGCCGGUCAAACGCCUUCAACAACUUGAAGCUGUAUCUGUCUCCACUUCUACCGCCACCGUCGCAUAUAAAGGUAACUCGAUAAUUUAUCCAUCUUCUACCCUUUGGCUUAUUGAUUCCGGUGCUUCUUGUCAUAUGACUGGUAAGUUAAAUUUGUGUUCUUCCAUAAAUCAAGUUCGAACUUCCUCUAAUGUUAUCCUUGCUGAUGGGUCCUCUAGUAAAGUAGCUGGUGUCACGGAACUGUUUCCCCAACAUCUUCCUUAA